CCUCCCGAAAUGAUUCAGCAGUUGCGCUAAAAUUCGCUUCACCCAGCACAAACAAUGUUAGUACGGCCCAGGCCUUGAUAGAAUCGGGACUCAAGCUUCCCCGGUGUUGUCAAUUUUGAGCAGAAGUGUUUGAAUCGCGCGCGCACCAGAAGAAAUAAUCCGAAAAAAAUGCUUAUCUUGCUCGUGUCGGUGGUGGCAGCUUCGGUCGGCUUAGCCGUGUACGUUUAUCAGCUGUUUGCGAAUCGGUUGCACUACGCGGCGAAGAUUGGCGGUCCCAAGGGGUAUCCCAUCUUGGGGAACUCGAUCCAAUAUGGGACAAAGUCCCCGUCGGAAUUUUUGCUUGAGGUGGAGAAAAGCAACAAGGAGUGCGGAAAGUUCUACCGGCUGUGGAUUGGGCCGGAUUUGAUCUUUCCUAUUAGUGACGCCAAAUUGGUCGAGGCGAUUCUCAGCAGUCAGAAGUUGCUGGACAAAUCGGUUCAGUACGACUUCAUUCGGCCGUGGCUGGGAAAUGGUUUGCUUACGAGUACCGGAAGGAAGUGGCAUUCCAGGAGGAAGAUCAUCACUCCAACGUUCCAUUUUAAGAUUUUGGAACAGUUUGUGGAAAUUUUCGACCAACAGAGCAAUAUCUUCGUUAGUCAGUUGAAGUCUAAGGCGCUCAGUGGGGAGGACUUUGAUGUUUUUCCUGAGGUUACACUGUGCGCUCUGGAUGUGAUAUGCGAAUCCGCCAUGGGAACAAAGGUCAACGCUCAGCUCAAUUCGGACUCGAAAUACGUGAGAGCCGUGAAAGACAUGGCUACUGUUGCGAUGGCUCGUUCAUUUAAAGCGUUCGCCCGGUUCGACUUCACUUUCUUCUUCACCCCGUAUUGGGGAAUGCAAGACAAGGCGUUGAAGAUCCUGCAUGACUAUACGGACAGCGUCAUCCGUUCGAGGCGCCUAGAACUGGCCAAGGGCACCACUACGGCGGCCGAUGAAAACGAGAACGAUGUGGGAAUGCGCAAGAAGGUGGCCUUCCUGGACAUGCUUCUGCAGGCCACGGUCGAUGGGAGACCUUUGAACGACUUGGAAGUUCGUGAGGAAGUUGAUACUUUUAUGUUUGAAGGUCACGAUACGACCACUUCGGCCAUAUCUUUCCUCAUCGGAAUCUUGGGCAAGUAUCCGGACGUUCAAAAGAAGGUGUACGACGAAGUACGAACCGUGAUUGGUGAUGACCUGAACGUGUCCGUCACGUUGUCGAUGCUAAACCAGUUGAACUACCUGGACUUGGUGAUCAAAGAAACUCUGAGACUGUACCCGUCCGUGCCCAUCUUUGGCAGGAUGCUGCUGGAAAAUCAGGAAAUCAACGGCAUCGUCUUCCCAGCUGGUUCCAACUUGGCCAUCUUUCCCUACUUCAUGGGUCGUGAUCCGGACUAUUUCGAGAACCCGCUGGAGUUCCGGCCGGAGCGAUUUGCGGUGGAAACAUCGGCCGAGAAAACCAACCCCUACCGGUACGUGCCGUUCAGCGCCGGACCAAGGAACUGCAUUGGACAAAAGUUUGCCGUGGCGGAAAUCAAGAGCUUGAUCAGUAAACUGGUGCGACACUACGAGGUGUUGCCUCCGAAGCAGCCCCAACCGGAGAGGCUGAUUGCCGAAUUGGUGCUCCGGCCGGAUGGUGGCGUUCCAGUGAGGCUUAGAAGCAGGGUGAAAGCGACGGAAGAGGAACUGAAAUCGGUAGAAGCAGGCAAGGUGUGGUAUCUUCCAUUAAGCGUGGUGCAGAACCCCAAGAAACCGAACAAGAUCCGCCUCGUGUGGGAUGCGGCAGCUAAGGUGAACGGACGCUUACAAUUAGCAUUCAUGCAGGCAUUUCAAAACCGCCUCAUCGCGAUUCGAAGCUUGAACAGAAUACUCACCAAGAACCACAACAAAGAGCACAAUUCUCUCAAUCUUCAACUGUUGAUACGACUUGAUAGCUUAUUCCGUCUACCGGUUGGUACUAUCUUGCUAGUACUCGCCAACCAGUCCGAUUCGGUUCUGCCUUAUGGAAUGAUGGUGAUUCUAGUGCUUCUCUCCCUAGUGAUAACACUGUUCCUGUUGUUUGCCUUCGUUCACCGAAAAUUAUUACAAUUCCCAAAACUUGCCGGUCCACCGGAAUGGCCCAUCGUCGGAAGUGCAACGGAAAUCGUGAAUCUCAGCUCCAUUGAGAUAUUCAAGCUGCUUCGCAGAUACGCACAGCAGUAUGGAACGGCGUAUAAGCUGAGCUUUUGGUAUCAAUACACGCUGGUGUUUGCAAAACCGGACAUCGCCGAGAAAAUCCUCAACACCCAAUCGUACGCCUCCAAGUCCGAAGACUACGACAAAGUCGCCGAAUGGAUCGGCUACGGACUGCUCAUCUCCAAGGGUGAAAAGUGGUUCAAGCGACGCAAGGUGCUCACCCCGGGCUUCCACUUCAAGAUCCUCGAAAGCUUCGUGCGGGUGUUCAACGAAAAAACCGACGUCCUGUGCCGUAAACUGGCGUCGUACGGGGGCUCCGAGGUGGACGUCUUUCCGACGCUGAAGCUGUACACGUUGGACGUCCUGUGCGAAACGGCUCUCGGAUACAGCUGUAAUGCCCAAACGGAGGAUUCGUUCUACCCGGCGGCUGUCGAAGAGCUGAUGUCGAUUUUGUACUGGCGGUUCUUCAACCUGUUCGCCAGCGUGGAUACGCUGUUCCGGUUCACGAAGCAGUACAGGAGGUUUCACAAGCUUAUUGGGGAUACGCGGGAGUUUACGCUGAAAAUAAUUGAGCGGAAGCGCCAGCUGUUGAAGGAUCAACCUGAUGAAGUUGACCAGGAAGAAGAAGAGGGUAGUGGGAAAAAGAAGAUGGCGUUGCUGGAUUUGCUGCUGCGAGCAACCGUGGAUGGGAAACCCCUCUCGGAUGAUGACAUCCGAGAAGAGGUGGACACCUUUACGUUCGCUGGACAUGACACGACGGCGUCUGCCUUAACAUUUCUACUGUUCAACAUAGCCAAGUACCCAGAUGUUCAACAGAAGCUGUUCGAAGAGAUAAGUAGCGUCGUUGGAUCCACCACCAAUCUCACUCUUCACACUCUCAAUGAUCUGCGCUAUCUGGAUUUGGUCAUCAAGGAAUCGCUCCGGCUGUACCCAUCGGUACCGAUGAUCGCCCGUAUUGCCACCGAGAAUACCCAACUGGACGACAUGCCCAUCCCGAAGGGAACCUGCGUCAGUGUCGAUAUCUUCCAAAUGCACCGUGAUCCUAGCUGUUUCGAAGAUCCGGAACGCUUCAUCCCGGAGCGGUUCAACGCCAUCAAGGAGGGUGGCAAUCACAGUUCGUUCACCUAUAUUCCGUUCAGUGCCGGAAGCAGGAAUUGUAUAGGUCAAAAGUUUGCGCAAUACGAGAUGAAGAUAGCCAUUACGAAGCUGAUUCAGACCUUCCGGUUGGAGCUUCCAACGCCGGAUAUGGAACCGGUCCUGAAAGCGGAAAUCGUAUUGAAGCCUGCCGAAAAGCUGCCCAUUCGUUUCAUUUCUAGAUCUAACAAAUAACUUCUCAGUCAUUUUAAACAGUAGGUAAGCAAUGACAUGGAAACAGUUUAUUGAAUGCAAAUAAAACCCCUACGAUUUCAAAGCACAAAAA